UCCUUUUCCUGCUGGCUGGAUAGCUUUUUCUCUUUCUACGAAUAGACGAAAGAAGCACACUGAUAUGUACCACUGCACCCAAACGUCUGGCCUGCUAUCAGAUCUCGCUAGCUACAAGCCACACGUGAUACACAGCUAGCAUCUGUUGAGAGCGAGAAUCCGUGGAGAUGGAGGCGAAGAAGCCUUACGUGAUCGCCGUCGUCAUACAGCUUAUCUACACCGGCAUGUUCGUCGUCUCCAAGGCAGCCUUCGACCAUGGGAUGAACACCUUCGUCUUCAUCUUCUACAGAAUGGUCGCCGCGUCGCUCCUCCUGGUCCCUAUUGCGAUUGCCCUCGAAAGGAAGAAUGUGCGGUCCUUGUCCCUGUGCCUGCUCCUGAAGCUCUUCUUCUAUGCCUUGAUCGGGAAUACAUUUAGCUUGAACCUGUACAACGUAAGCAUGAAGUUCACAUCGGCGACGGUGGCAUCUGCAUCCAGCAACUCCAUGCCCGUCGUCGCCUUCUGCCUGGCGCUGCUGCUAAGGAUGGAGGUGGUGAGGUUGAGGAGCCUUUCCGGCAAGGCCAAGGUCGCCGGCGUAGCGCUCUGCCUCGCCGGCGUCUUCGUCCUCGCCUUCUACGCCGGGCCGGCGCUGAGCCCCGUGAAUCCCCACCGCGCCUUCGCCGUUGCCCACUACUCCAACAGCAAUGUUCCGAGCAGGAUGACGUGGAUCAAAGGAACGUUCCUCAUGGUCCUCGCCAACGUCACGUGGGCCCUUUGGAUCGUCCUGCAGUCUGCACUGCUCAAUGAGUACCCCAAUAAGAUGCUCGUUACGGUGACACAAUGCGUGUUUAGCACGGUGCAGUCGUUCGUCGUUGCAGUGGUGGCUGAGAAGGAUUUCUCCAAGUGGAAUCUCCGGCUGGACAUCAGCUUGGUCGCCAUCGUUUACACAGGUUUUGUGGUGACGGGAGUGUCCUACUACCUACAAGCGUGGUGUAUGGAGAUGAAAGGCCCAGUGUUCCUAGCGAUGUGGAACCCACUCUGCUUCGUCUUCACAAUAUUCUGCUCCUCUUUCUUUUUGGGAGAGAUUGUCCACCUUGGCAGUAUUGUGGGUGGAGCUCUGCUGGUUGGCGGACUCUACAGCGUGCUGUGGGCUAAAAGCAGGGAGACCAAGAUCGACUUGAUGGGUAGCAGCGUGGCGAAGAUGAUCGUCGAUGGAACCCAAGAUGAGGGACACAAGAAGUCAUGGGAUCACCAGGACGGCGGCAACAAGGAGGAGGAAUCAACACCGACGUUGGGGGUUGCACAGGCGUGAUUACGGAUUCAGUCGAGGGCUAAUCUUGAUUGAUCGAUCGACAUAAGCAUGUGUAUAGAUGUGACUCUCAAUUACUGUUGUAUCGUCUCGAUACAAGGUUACUUGAAAUUAAUAAAAUUUUCCCUUCAAUCUGCUAA